GGAACAAAGACCGCCUGCGCUCGCAGAGAUCCAAGGAAUUCAACAGCAGGAGGUGACGUCAGAAUCCCGUAUUUUGCAGUUGAUAUGGAGUAGAACAUUUAACCAUGUUCCCGACUUUAGUUUUGGCAUUUUCGGUGGCUUCCCCCCCGCAAAAUACUUUUGUUUUAACUUCGCGAGAGAGUCAUUGAGCAGUGAUUGCAUGACAAAUUCGUUUUGUUUUUCUUGAGAUUGGAAGGCUCCUAGAUUUCUCCUCGCAAACAACAGGGGAAGUGCCCCUGUCCUUUGUCUGCUUCGGGUGUUUUUAAAGUAUUCGACAUGGACAUUUACGGAUACAAUGGUGUUUUUCUGGUCAAAAGACCGUUUAAUAAUGCCGUUUUUGAGAUUUCGAAUAUGUCAGACAUUACGAAGGCGAACCCUCAGGGAUGCGAUAACGGGGCUUUGACAAACAGAUUCGGAGUCUUGAUUCAAGGGUUGCUGGCCAUAGUUGCCUUCAGCACAUUGAUGGUGAAGAGGUUCCGUGAACCCGUAGGGAUCAGAAGACCGUGGAGGAUCUGGUUUUACGACAUGUCCAAGCAGGCCAUUGGCGCUCUCUUUAUCCACUUCGCCAAUGUGUUCCUCUCCAACCUCACAGAAAUGGACCCCUGUUCCCUGUAUUUGAUCAAUUUCCUGCUCGAUGCCACGCUAGGCAUGCUGGUCAUCUGGGCAGGGGUCAAGGUUGUCUCCAGGAUCGUGGAUUACAAGCAGUUCGCACUGCUCACCUUUGGAGAAUACGGUGACCCUCCCCAGGCCGCAGCGUGGCUUGGUCAGUGUGGUGUCUACCUUCUCAUCAUGGUCCUGGAGAAGAGUGUAGUCAGCUUGGUGCUGCUCAUUCCAGGAUGGACCAACCUGCAGUCUGUGUUGCUGGACUACAUCCCUAACCCUCAGGUGGACCUUGUGUUGGUCAUGCUCGUCGUGCCCGUCAUUGUCAACUCCAUCAUGUUCUGGGUGGUGGACAGUCUGAUGAUGAGGAAGUACAAGAGCCUGGACGACUCCUGUGACCCCUCGACCAAGGUCGUCUCCACGGUGCCGUGGGUUACUGGCGACGAGUCACAGGUCCUGUUGCCCGUCGACACAGACGCUGAGGAGGAGGAUAGUUCAACAAUGGAUCCGAGGAGGGUCCCACUCUAGCCUCCCAGUAGUGGGCAUAAUACCUAGCUGGGUGGAGGUGUAGCUCUGGUAUCCUUCUCUAAAAGACCCUGACACACACGCUGACCCGCACCACACACAAACAAAUCACACGCAUUUGCUUUUUUUCAUUGUACACAUCCCAAUGAUGUCUUUGAUGACUUGGCUGUUAGAGGAUGUUGAAUGUUAUAUUAACUAUGCUUUAUGAUGGAGGGGGCUAUACGCUUGGUGGGGGCUAUAAAGUGUCUCGUAAUGGAGAUGAUUAGAGAGCACAGUGAUGAUGAUGAAAGAGUAAAUCUGUCCUCUCUCACGGGGGGAUUUUGUGAAAAGGGUGUUUGUUGAUCUCCAAAGAGCUCCUUGACAUACCGUAUCAACUUCUAAAGAGUAGCGGUAAGGUGUCAGUACAAUCUCCUCUGUUUUCCUUCAUCAUACAGAUAACUGCUUAGUUCAAACCUUGACAUGCAUCAUCUAAUGAUCUGUAAUUAAAUACGUUUUGGACCUGUAGUUUUCAGUAGAAUCCCCUACUAGUGUCCUUGUCUCCUUUCCUCCUUUGCCACUAACAAGUGGAAGGGCUGGGUAGUUUCAAUCAUAUGGAUUUCAACGUCCACUCAUAUCAGUUGUCAGACUAUUGUAACUCAGCCCGAGCAGUUGGACCUUAAAGUUGGAAAUGUUUUAUCUGAGUUGGACUGUAGUGGUCUGGUCUGGAACAGUUCUUCACACUUCUCCAGAGGAUGUUUAACAAGGUGGAAAAUGGACCAGAUCAUUUUAUAUUCCUCAUGGAUGUCCAUUUGGGAUUGAUUUGGAUUUAUCCAAAUAUUUGCAAUGUUUCUGAUAUGAAGUAAAGAGCUUUGUGAUUUUGAAUGUUCUAAUGUAUUUUCUUAUUUUGUCUAUUUGACUGUGUUCAUAUUACUUGUGGUUAAACCUGUAGUAAUGGGAGAUUUCCAAGUGGUAUCCCAGAAAUGAUCACGGUCAAUUCGGAGAUUACCCCAGAUACCAAAAUAGUGUUCCGUUUACAAUUGUAUGUUCAUUCUUAUAGAUCCCAUUUCUCAAUCAUUGAGCUGUUAACUCUACCAUGAAAAUACAGUACUGCCAUUUUUGUAUUCAUUGAGUUAUGUUCCUGGAACCAUUGUCUUAGUGAUAUGAAAGAUUCUGAUUGUGAGACUGUCAUUUCACGUGACCUCAAAUGUUUGGAACAGGUACUGUGAGGACCUGCGCCACUACACUGUUUGCAUUUAUGCUAAUUAUUCACUGUUUUAGAUCAUUUUUUUUAAAUCUUUUUUUAUUUAGCGUUGCUCCAGUCCAUCAUGUAUGUGUUUGUGGAAACAUCAUUUUUAAUUGUGACUGAAAUAGUUUGUUUAAUGGAUAUCCACUUGAAAGUGCCAUGUUGACAUAAUAAAUUCAUUUAUGAUAUGAGAAAAA